UCUAAAGCAUUCUCUCCCUGCUCUAUGAUUCAAAUAUAUUCAUAUCUUCUCAUCACAUGAAACUUCAUAGUUCCUUCAAUCAUAUAUUAACAGCUCGGGAUUGAAUUCAAACCAAAUACCGAUGGUGAAGUUCUCGAAGGAGCUCGAAGCUCAGCUUAUUCCGGAAUGGAAGGAAGCCUUUGUGAAUUACUGGCAGCUCAAGAAAUACGUGAAGCGGAUCAAGAUUUCGAUGAAGCCUAAGCAAUCGCACGAGUACCCUAGCAACAAUGGGAUCAUGGGCGUUUUAGAUCCGAUCCGUAAUCUCUUGCAGAAAAUCCCUGGGAGGUUGUGGUCCUCCAGUAACGUCGUAACCAACAUAAUUCGGGUGAGGAAGAAAAGCGUGGAGGCAGAUGGAGGAGAUGGUGAAGUCUACCAAACCGAGCUCCUUCACUUGUUCUCUGAGGAAGAGGAGGUGAAAAUGUUUUUCGAAAGGCUUGAUGACGAGCUGAACAAGGUGAACCAGUUUUACAAGGCCAAAGAGAGUGAGUUUGUUGAGAGAGGAGAGGCCCUGAACAAGCAGCUUCAAAUACUCAUAGACCUCAAGCAGUUGAUCCACGAACCAAGCCGGGCACCGAAUAAUACUGAAACACAAUCAGAAAUCUCGGAUGCCGAAGAUGUAACUGCAAACGAAGCACAGCAGACCUUUAGUGCUGGUCCUGUCAACAGCUUCAUCAAUCCUAACUAUGGCCAUUCAUCUUUGCUGAAGUCGAACCGGAAGAGGCCUAACUUUAUGAAGAACAUCAUCCGAGGAGUGAAGAAGAAAAACCUCGACAAUAUUGGGACCACCACCUCGACAUUAUCGAUCACUGCCUUCACAUCAAUGUUGUGGGAGGAUUUGGCUGGCCACAACUCGAAAAAUAAGAAUUGCCCAGGAGAUCUCGUGCUCAAAAGGAAGAAGGUUCAGUGUGCUGAGAAGAUGAUCAGACGGGCAUUUGUGGAGCUCUACCGGGGCCUCGGCUUGCUCAAGAAUUACAGCUCAUUGAACAUGGUGGCUUUCACAAAGAUACUCAAAAAAUUUGACAAGGUGGCAAAUCAGCAGGCUUCGGAGACUUAUCUGCAAGUUGUGAAGAAAUCCCAUUUCUUCACUUCAGAUAAGGUGGUGAGAGCAAUGGACGAGGUAGAGUCAAUAUUCACAAGAUACUUUGCGAACGAUGACCGCAAGAAGGCAAUGAAGUUCUUGAGGCCACGACAGCAGAGAGACACACACAUUGUCACCUUUUUCGUAGGUUUGUUUACGGGGUGUUUCAUCACGCUAUUUGUCAUAUAUGCAAUCUUGGCCCAUGUAGCCGGCAUUUUCUCUUCUUCUCGUUCUGACAUUUCGUAUAUGGAAACCAUCUAUCCUGUCUUCAGCAUCUUUGCGUUGCUUAGCCUGCACUUGUUUAUGUACGGGUGCGACCUGUUCAUGUGGAAGAGCGUGAGGAUCAACUACAACUUCAUUUUUGAAUUCAAUCCAAAUACGGCCUUAAAGUACAGAGACGCGUUCCUCCUUAGCACAACCCUCAUGACCUCCAUGGUUGGGGCGAUGGUGGUCCACCUUCUCCUGAGAUCCAACGGCUUCUCGCCCUACCAUAUCGAUGCCAUCCCGGGAAUUCUCCUCCUUGUUUUCUUUGCCUUGCUAAUCUGCCCCUUUGAUGUUUUCUACCGAUCAACUCGGUAUUGCUUCAUUCGAAUCACGCACAACAUCGUCUGCUCGCCUUUUUGCAAGGUUUUGAUGGUUGACUUUUUCAUGGCUGACCAGCUAACCAGUCAGAUCCCACUGUUGAGGCACCUUGAAUCUACAGCCUGCUAUUUUAUAGCGGAAAAUUUCAGAACGCAUCAAUUCGAAACCUGCAAAUCAGGAGUGCUUUACCGUGAACUCGCUUACGUGAUCUCGUUUUUGCCCUAUUACUGGCGGGCAAUGCAGUGCGCAAGGAGAUGGUUCGAUGAGUCCGAUUUGAACCAUUUGUCCAACAUGGGAAAGUACGUUUCGGCCAUGGUAGCUGCCGGAGCCCGACUGACGUAUGCUAGGCAACCCGACCCCUUGUGGUUCUCACUCGUCUUGAUAACUUCUGUAGUUGCGACUGUUUACCAACUGUACUGGGAUUUUGUCAAGGACUGGGGCUUUCUGAACCCGAAUUCGAAAAACCCCUGGCUAAGGGAUGACCUGAUCCUGAAGAGCAAGGGCAUUUACUAUGUUUCAAUCGCUUUGAACGUAAUUCUUAGAGUAGCUUGGGUGGAGACAGUGAUGCGUUUCCGCAUUGGAGUUUUCCAGUCCCGACUGCUGGACUUUCUCCUGGCUUCGCUUGAGGUUAUUCGACGAGGACAUUGGAACUUCUACAGGCUGGAGAAUGAGCACUUGAAUAAUGUCGGAAAGUUUAGAGCUAUUAAGACCGUCCCAUUGCCGUUCCGUGAAAUGGAUUCUGAUGGUUAAGCCUAUGUUCUAGUCCCAUAAGAUGUUAUUCAAGAUAUAUAAAUAGCUCAAAUUUCAGGUGAAAAUCAAAUGGUCAACCGAUACUAGAAUGACCAAAUGUACCUUACUUAUGAUAUCAAUAUGCACUGACAGACAAAUCUACACAAAGAAUCGACUCCCAAAUGUACAAUGGACUUGUGAUGAUUUUCCAAAUUAUUCGUUAUGAUUUUUGUUC